AUGCCGACAUCCAUCCGUACAAAAGGCUCAACUCCGCUUUGCCACAUCGGCUGGAGCUGGAGGCUGCCGAUGUAUGCGUCGCCUUCUGAUAAGUCGGGCAAGAUCCGGAAGCUUCAAGAUGAGCAGCAAGUUCAUCUUGUGACCCGCGCCAGUAUCGUGAUCAGUUUUCCUUCGCGUUUGUAUGGUAUCCUAGCCAAGACAAACCUGUGCUUUGAAAGCACCAAGCAGGACACAUCGGGCGAGCUCGGAAUUCGCCAUCAUUGGCUGUGGCCACCGCGCCGCCGGAGCGUCCACAUCUCGCAGGAGCAAUGUUGCAGCAGCAAGUGA